AUGGUACCUCACACUGAGGACAAUGUUUCUCAAGCUGAGGACACGGUAGCUCACCCUGAGGGCAAGGUACCUCACACCGAGGACAAGGUUCCUCACGCUUGGGACAAGGUUCUUCACGCUGAGGACAAGGUUCCUCACGCUGAGGAGAAG